GAGCCAACACAAUAAAAUGCAUAGUUCUCAGCAGUGUCAAAUCAGUCGUAGUCCGGAAAAUCAGAGGAAAUCUUCGGAACGAGAAAAGUGGUUAAGUGAAGAAGAAAAAAUGAGUUAUGCUAUAAAAUUCAUUGUGGUCUUUAUGAUUAUUGGAGCAACACUAGCUGAAGAACCCCAAAAAGCCAAGGGAAUCAAGUAUGAAAAAUUCGAAGAAUCUCCCGGAUCGGAAAAGUACCUCAAGCACAAUAUUAAGGCAGAACAAGUGAAUGAAACGGCUUUCAAGAUGUCCGUGGAAAUAGAGCAACUGGAUGACUGGGACAAUGCAUAUGAGGUCGUCAUGUCUAUUCACCACAGUCCGAACAAUGAUGGGAAAUACAAGGAAAUCUUCGCUACACCGAAGGAAAAGAUUUGCGACUACAUGGCAGGAGAAAUCUAUCGUGAUCAUGUUUACCCGCAAUUCAAGGACAUCUCCAAUUUUCCAGCCCCUGGAGACUGUCCAGUUAAGAAGGGAGUCUAUAAAAUAGAAGAACACAUCUUUAACGUCAAUGAAUUGGACUCUUUCGGACAACUUGGUGGAUGGCGUGUGGAUAAUACAUUUUUUAAGGAUGGUGAGAUGAUUUCGGAAAACAAAAUGUACUUCACUGUCUACUAAAUCAAGUAAAUACUAUGUGAACACGUUAUGCUGUGACUAAAUGUGAGUGCCCUCAGAAGUCUGUAUUUAAAGAAUUAGAAAGGUAUUUCUCAAUCUCUCAUGCAAAAGCACAAUGCUAUUAAUAAUGUUACUGAAAGUCUUACAAUAAAGUGUUUAAACUUCA